AUGCCUGAAACUGCUGGUCCGCAGCGACGAGUAGCUCCUGGCAGGUCAUGUCUCGAGUGUCGCCGUCGGAAGAUUGCCUGCGACCGUUCCCACCCAUGCUCGUACUGCCUCAAAGUAAAAAUACAAUGUGCCUAUCCCCAGGUCUCGGCCUCGGUUUCGACAGGCAACGAAGGCGCCGGAAAUCCUAUUUUACAAGAGAGAAUAGACGGAAUUGACGAUAGGUUGAAACUGCUUGAGCAAUCUGUGGGUGAAAUCAAGGACAUAUUGCUGGCAACUCGUCCACCUUCGCAGUUUCCACGUCAGGAUGAUUUCAAUCAAGGGAUGCCUGACAUUGUACCUGAUACACGAGAACAACUUACGACACACACCCAAAACCACCCCUGGAUGAUAUUCGAUGAAUCAUUGGCAGAACUAACUCUCGACCUCCCUCUAAUGAUUCUCCUUUCGCUGUGGCAGAGGUACCUGGAGAGAGUGGACCCUUUGAUCAAACUUUUUCAUACACCGACGGCCCAGAAGACUUUUAUGGAAGCAGCCGCAAGUAGGGAAACAUCAAGUCUUAAUGCGCUGUGUUUGGUACACGCGAUCUCCUAUGCAGCCAUCAUGAGUAUGUCCCUGGCUGAGUGUGAUGCCGAGCUGGGAAAUACCAAGGACGUCUUGCUGACAAGAAGCCGGAACACCGUGGAUUUAUCGUUAGCUGCCAUUGACGUCCUGCAUACACGUGACGUAAUGGUGUUACAGUCAUUAACUUUGUACCUAAUAUGUGGUCGACUAGACUCCAAUGGCCCAAAUGUCCACAGGGAAGUCGGCCUGGCAAUCGGGAUAGCCCUGAAAAUGAACCUUAACCGUGACGGAUAUGCGCUUGGGCUAAACCCAUUUGAAACCGAGAUACGCCGGCGUCUUUGGUGGAAUAUUCUGACUCUCGAUGCCCUGACAGCGCAGGACCACAAAACUGACCCAUGUGCGUUGGGCAAAUCGUUUAAUACAAAGGUGCCUUCAAACGUGAACGACAGCGAACUAGACCCGAACAUGAGAUCGCCUCCGGCCAACCAGCAGCAAACGUCGGGAAUGGUUUUUACGCUGGCCAGAAUUGAAAUUACAUUCUAUUCUCGUCAAUUCAUAUUUUCCGAUCAGUUUUGUCUCCAAAACUCUUAUCCUGAGCUGUCCGUAGCCGAGAAGCGAGAUACACUAGAAAUGAUGAAAAAGCGGAUCGAAGACGAAUAUCUAAAACUAUAUGACGAGAGCAUACCUCUACACAGCGUCGCGGCAUCGGCAACAAGACUUAUUUUACUGAAAUUGAAAUUAAGCAUUGGCGAAACCGACAGAGGGGUAGGGCCCGGUCUUCGUAGUGAUUUGACAGAGGAUUGGAAGAGUUACUCUGCAAAGGUUGAGUCGCUGAGAACUUGCCAUCAAGGACAGAAAUUUCUCUGGUUUUUUAAGGACCUACUGGACUUUUCACCUCAAAGGUGA